AUGUAUGGUGAGAUCCUGUCUCCCAAUUAUCCUCAGGUGUAUCCCAACGAUGCGCAGGAAUCCUGGGAAAUCCAGGUCCCUUCAGGAUAUGGCAUUCGCCUUUAUUUCACACACAUGGAUCUCGAACCGUCACAGACCUGCGAUUAUGACUUUGUGAAGAUCCUGUCUGGCGGCCAUGUUGAAGGUGUGCUUUGUGGGCGGAAGAAACCUCGUACCCCCGGCUCCCCAGUUGUGGCGGAAUUUCAUGUCCCUUAUAACACCCUCACUGUGAGCUUCCAGUCAGACUUUUCCAAUGAGGAGCGUUUCACUGGUUUUGCAGCCUACUAUGUUGCAGUGGACUUGGAUGAGUGUUUGGAUUUUGUGGAGGAACCUUGCAGCCAUUACUGUAAUAAUUAUAUUGGAGGUUACUUCUGUACCUGUCCACCAGAUUAUUUCCUUUAUGAGGAUAACAAAACGUGUGGAGUGAACUGCAGUGGAAAUGUCUUCACGGAGCCAUCAGGAGAGAUUGUCAGUCCCAACUAUCCCAAUGAGUACCCAGAGAACUCACGGUGUGAGUACCGAGUGGCUCUGAGGCCAGGGUACUUUGUGGCAUUGACCAUACGCAGCGAGGACUUCAACGUGGAACCAGCUGAUGAAAAAGGAAGCUGCCCCGACAGCUUAACACUUGUCUCUGGAACGCAGCGUUUUGGUCCCUAUUGUGGCAGCAAAUUCCCAGGUCCUUCUGAAAUCAAAACUAGGAGCAACAUACUUGACAUAAUCUUCCAGACAGACCAUGCAGUACAGCACAAAGGCUGGAAAAUACGCUACUAUGGAGAUCCUGUAACCUGUCCCCCAAGUGUCAUCCCCAAUUCUGUUCUGGACCCAAAGAAGGACAGGUAUAUUGUCAAGGACAAUGUGAAGGUGACCUGCAUGGAAGGCUAUGAAAUUGUGAGAGAACGAGACAGCAUCAGGACCUUUGACUCCAGUUGUCAGGAGAAUGGUGAAUGGACCAACUCCCAGUUCAGCUGUGUUCCUGUGAACUGCGGUGAUCCCACUGUUAUUGACAAUGCCCAAGCCAUAUACGUCUCCGAACUUCAAGAGCCUCUGUACAGAGCUGCUGUCCGGUAUCAGUGUGAUGCACCUUACUAUACCUUAGAAAACAAAGGGGAGGUGGUGUAUCAGUGCUCAGCCAGUGGAGAAUGGCUCAAUGAGGAGAUGGGAACAAAGCUACCAAAGUGUGUCCCAGUCUGUGGGGUGCCCAGUAAUCCGGUCCGAGAGAAAGCAAAGAUUUUUGGAGGCACGCUUGCAGAAAAGGGCAACUUUCCCUGGCAGGUGUAUUUCUAUCACCCGAGAGGAGGUGGCGUACUCAUCUCUGACAGAUGGGUAAUGACUGCAGCCCAUGUGCUGGAAGCAUACGACAGGCCCACCAUGUAUGCUGGGGUAAUUAACGUUAGUAGAGCAUCUCUGGACCAGGAGGCCACACAGCUGAUCUCAGAGGCUUCAUUCAUCCAUCCUGACUGGAAGAAGCAGCCCACAGAAACCAGGACCGAUUUUGAUAACGAUAUCGCUCUACUGAAGCUGAGGGAUCCUGUGAAGAUGGGCCCAAACAUCUCACCCCUCUGUCUCCCUGGUAAAUCACCUGAGUAUGAGCUACAAGAAGGAACUCUGGGCUACAUUGCUGGCUGGGGCCAGAGAGAGAAAGGAAGGCUGCCUAUAUAUCUUUGGAAGGCUCGGAUCCCUGUGGUGAACAUGGAUAAGUGCCGAUCUGUGAAACCAGAGGGCUCUGCUGAUUCCAGUGCUUAUCAAUUCACUGACAACAUGAUCUGUGCUGGUGGGGACAAGGACAGCUGUAAGGGGGAUAGUGGUGGAGCCUACGCUAUUCAAGAUCCUUUUGAUGAGAGACGGUACUAUGCGGCCGGGCUGAUCUCCUGGGGACCAAGAUGCGGUACCUUUGGCCUUUACACCAAGGUAGUGCGUUAUUUGGACUGGAUUACACAGACCAUGAGUAAGCAUGAGAAUGCAGAAGCUGGGCAGGACUAG